CAUCCAUGGAUCUGGGAGCAUGAGGACGAUGGGAGGAUCUGGAUUAGGUUCUGUAAAGGUUGUGAACAUCUCCUCCUACAGCUUCACUGUCACGUGGACAGCAUCACAAGGGAUGUUCAAGAACUUCACGGUGAUCAGAAGAGAGCCACGGACAGGGGGUGACGAAGAUGACCAAGAGGAGUUUGAAGACGAAGCUCUUGAAGGAGGCAAGGGCUCCACAGUUAAGAACACAACUGAAAUCCAGGUACAGAGUGAGAGCACCAACACAACCAGUAAAGCUAUUGGAUCUAAAGGCAAAGCUGAAACAAAGAGGAUCUCUAUGGUGGUCCCUGGUAGCGUACGCUCUGUGGAGUUCAGCAACCUGAGGGCAAACACAGGCUAUGUCCUGCAUCUGUAUGGCACUGCAGCUGAGAGGAGAUCAAAGAUCCAUAGAGCAACUGCAAUUACAGGUCCUGAGCCAGCCACAGAGAUGGUUUUCAGCAAUGUAACAGAGUCUUCUAUCACUGUUUCCUGGUCCAAACCAAAGGCGGCAUUCUCUAGCUUCAGGGUCAUGUUCACCAACAUCGUCACAGGGGAGAGCCGCUUUGUGACAGUGGAGUCGCAGCGAUCGUAUGUGGUUCUGUCCAAGCUGUCUGCUGGAUCCUCCUACAUUAUCACUAUAACUACUACACAAGGCAGAGCCCAGAGUGACGCUCUCACAUCCCUUAUCACCACAGUGCCCGCUCCUCCAACACAUCUGCAAGUUGUCAAUGUGACAGAUACCAGAGCUGUGCUGCAAUGGACAGCCAGUCUGGGGAAAGUAGACCGGUUCAUCAUCAGCUAUGAGUCCUCCAAGACUCCUAAUGUGACAGUGACUGUGAUGCUGUCUGGAAACUCAGUGGAGCACCAGCUGAAAGGCCUGCAGAGAGGCACCCUGUACACAGUCAAAGUCCUGAGCCAGAAGGACAGUCUGCAGAGCAUGGUCAUCUCAACUACAUUUACAACAGCUCAUGUGGUUAAAGCCAGUGAGGUGGGUGCCCGCUCUGCUGUGAUAGCAUGGAGAACUUCCACUGUUGUUUAUUACAGCUACAGACUGAUCUACCAGGUGGCAGGAGAGGACACAAAGGAGGUGAUCCUGGACCAGUCCAUCACAGAGUAUAAGUUGACAGGGCUGUUGCCAAUGUCACGAUAUAUUGUUCUGGUACAAGGCGAGAGAGAUGGACAAUACACAUCUGUUGUCACCACAGAAUUCCUUACAGGCAAAGCGCGUUUCCCUUUCCCCACUGAGUGUUCUCAGGAGCUGCUGAAUGGAGCUCUGCAGUCAGGUGAAGUGGAUAUCUACCCGCUAGGAAAAGAGGGACAAGCAGUCAGAGUCUACUGUGACAUGGAGACUGAUGGAGGCGGCUGGACGGUGUUCCAGAGGAGGAUGAACGGGAAGACAGAUUUCUACAGAACAUGGAGUGAAUACAGUGCCGGCUUUGGAAACCUCAGCGAAGACUUCUGGCUCGGGAACGAGCUCCUUCACAAUCUGACCAGUGUCGGCCCUGUGAGUCUGAGGGUGGAUAUGCGAUCUGGAAAUGACACCAUAUACGCUCACUACUCAAACUUCUCCGUGGAUUCAGUGGAGAGGCACUACAGUCUUGCAGUGUCUGGCUACACUGGAACUGCAGGUGACUCUAUGAGGUACCAUAAUGGACGCCCAUUCUCAGCCCGGGACAAGGACCCUGAUCCUCUGGGGAUCCAUUGUGCCAGGGCCUACAUGGGAGGCUGGUGGUACAAGAACUGCUACAAGGCCAACCUGAAUGGCCUUUAUGGCAUCAACAGUAAUAAUCAGGGAGUAGUCUGGAUAGACUGGAAAGGUAAAGACUCCUCCGUUCCCUUCGUUGAGAUGAAGUUCAGACCGUCCAGGUUCUCUCCUGCAACUCAUGGCUAAGAUUACAUCAGUCGUCAUUCAUUUGUAACAGAUAAUUAAAGCUCCAGAAAUCCAGAAGACAGUGAAUCCCACAGUUGAUGCAUCACUGCUGGUCACUUUCCAACUGAAAUUGCAUGUACAGUGGGUUCAAUAGCUAUAACAACAGCUAUCAGUACAUUUGAUUCAAUGAGCAACAUUUUUUUUUCUAAUCUGUAUUUUUCUGGAAAUAUACCAAAGGAUUGGAGAAAUGUUUUUUGCAACGUUUUGUAUCUUGUUCUACUAUUCUGCCGGACCCGUCCAUUUCAACACAGUUUUGUAUUGACUCCAAUACCUUUUUGUGCAGCACCAUGGUAUGCCACCCCACUACUACUGUCAUUGAAUAUGCACUGUCUCUCUCCAUUGGAAUAAAUGUGGCUGAUGUGGGUCUGAAGUGUCGAUUUUUUGAUUUUGUUACAGUGAAUUA